AUGCGCAGAAGUCAGGAAGCUAAAAAUGGAGGGGUGUGCACCAGCCCAAAACCAUCUCGCUCCCUCUCAGUCUCUUCCGAUUCUGGCGAGGAGCCCGAAGCUCUAGAAGAGGCCAGGAGAGGCUCUAUCCCCGAAGCCUCUCAUAUCCGCCGCAGAAGUUCUAAGUUUGCCAGGCUCGCAUCCAAAAGCUGUCCUUCUCGCUCACAACUCCCAAUUGGUAGGCCCGGUUCUGGCCUGGGGACUAGCUAUGGCUACGUUGCUAGUAGAUCUCGACGCGGCGCUUUAGCAAACAAACAGAGGUCUGCAGGAGCGGUCAGCUUUUGUGAGCCGAGGGAUAUUACCAGUCAGAGAGGCUCUUCGAGUUCUCACGGGUCCAUUACUUCCAUUACUUCUGGUUUGAAGCCCAAGGGAGUUUCCUUUGUAGAUGAGCUGACGGAGAAGGGGGGCACUCAAACCUCCCUGUUUUCGUUCGAAGACAGUUCUGUGGUCGCUUCGAACGAGGUUUCCAAGGAUGUAAGGUUCAAAAAUACAGCAGCUGCUGGAGAUGCACUACAGGCCGCUGAUCUGCAAGGCACAGAAAGUGGGGACCAGGCUUUUCAAGCACGCGCGAUGCUUGCAGCUAGCCGGAGUAUAGCGGCAAUGAAAGCUGAUCGAAUGGCUUGGCAUGAGACCCAGACCUCCGCCAUGGAUGAUGUGGAGGGCGAAGUCAAGGGGUUUCACAGACAAUUGGAUGAAGUUAAGGAUACUUUUCGCAGGAGGUGUUUAGGCAUUCUGAAUUCGCUUGUUGGUAGCAAAUGGACGAUUGAUACCGGUGACAGCCUUGCGAAGCGCAUGCUGCGGCCGUCUAAGUGGUCCCCAAAGGGCCAGCAGCAACCUGAAAUCACUGAGGCUCAGAGGGAGUCCUCUACUCCUCACACUCGUCCUUGGUUUGGACCAUCAGCAGUCGAUGUUUUUGGAGACAGUCUCGUCACAGAGGAGAGGAACCCUUACCGGAUAGUGGGAGUCUUUGCACGCCGUUACUGGGACACCAAGCAGCGCCUUCCCUUUUUGGACGACUUACCCUGCUGUACCCUUCUUCACUGUGUGCAACAUGUAGAACCCCUGAUUGGCCGGCCACAAGUCCUACAGCUCCCCUUCGAGCCACCCCGCCCUAUAAAGGCUUUCCCUUCCAGUGGUCUUGUCACCUCCCCAACGCCCAGUAGCCCACCAGGCGAAGCAGAACCAAGUGCGGUGCUCGCGGGGUCCGCUUCUGCUGCGUCCGUCUUACCAUACGAGACUUCUGCCCACCCGAACGGGCUGCAGCACCCUGUGGAACUCCCACGAAUCCUCUCACCCCCUAAGGGGUCUUCUAUGACUGCAGAGCAAAUCGCGAAGGGAAGGGAACAGGCCUACUGGGCAACUCGGUGUCCGCUGCCUUGUUCCCAGUAUGAGUGUGUCGCACUGCCUCCUGUGAACAUCACGCGGGGCUCGGUGCCGGCUAGCUACCCCAAGUCGCCGACUGAGAACAACAACAUGCGAAUUCCCAGUCCUGUUGCAAAAUAUUUGGAGAAGAACUGUGUGCGUGUGGAGAGGCCGAAGUGGGACAGGGGCCGCCAACGCGAACCCCGAAAAGAUCAUCAGUCACGUUUUUCGGCCCGAGAUGAGGACACAGAGUCCAGCAGCGAUGAGGCGGAAAAAAGAAGUCCUGGGGUAGCUCGUGGUAGUGCUUGCGAACUUUUACCGCUUCUCCCCAGCGACGUAGCGAGUAGGCUGCCCCAGUUGUUUAAGAAGGAAGUUGGAAACAGAUUUAUGCCUGUGCUUUUCCCGGAGACAGACGUCAGGAUCACAGAAUACUGGAAGCUCGAAAAUGUCAAGGACAAAGCCAAGGCAACAUGGGUGUACCAAGGUAUACAUACCGGACCAAAGCCAUACACAUGGGAAGAAGUACCUCCAGAGGGAAAACCGCUUACAAGGGAAAAUAUUGCUCAGCAGCGAAGAGAAUCAGCCCGUCGGCGACGGCUAAGCCACGAGGCAGAGCUCCUACUUCGUGGGGUUGGCCACACUACUGACUGGGACGAACCUUAUGAUGAGGAUCCCUCUGCCUUACCCACAAACACUGACAGCCACAGGAUAGGUCCACGCACUGCCCAGCGACGCUGUCACUCCGUAGUAGCUGACCAAGUGUCAGGGCGCCGUGGCAGUACCCCAAAAUACACAGGCGUCCCCGGCCCAAGAGCCCUGCGGUGUCUGCAAAUACAUGAGCCCCUCCAAAGAAACUUACAAAUCGAUGCUCGGCAGACAGAGCCGGCCCCAACCUCAACUCUGGACAGUAGUGUGCUCAUGCACAGCUGGUGGAACCCACCGGGCAGUGCACAUCAAGGGGCAAGAGGUGAAAUUAGAAUUUCUCCCAUUUCCCAACAAAUUGCGCAGGUGUAA